GGUUGUUAUGAUUCUGAAGCCGUGAGCAGGUCUGCUGGACGUUUUCGUAAAAUAUCACGCUUUAAACAAUUAUUUUUGAGUCUAUAAACACCAGACAAGCUCAUUAGAAUCAGGGAUAACACGCUGAUAAUCACUGUGUUGUUUUUGUGCGUGUGAAUAUUUCUACUUGAGUCCUCUCUCGUGCGGAAACACAAAAGAAAUAUCGCUCAAACAAUACAUUUUGUUAAAUCAUAAAAUAUUUUACGAUAAUAUAGUUUUAAAGGCACAAUUGUAACAAAUAUUAGACGCAUAGUAAUAACCAUGACAUACAAAGUCAACAUUUAUGAGACAAAGGGUUUAAAUUAUAACGUAUUAUGUUAUAAUAAUUAUUUGUUGUAACACAACUGUACUUUUAUCUCAUAAUUAGGACUUUUAAAUUCAUAAUUAACUUCUGAACUUAUUUUAAUCUCAUAAUUGUAAGUUUUUAUGCAGUAAUUUAGUUUUUUAUGUCCUGAUUAUGACUUUCUGAUCAUAUUAUGAUAGUAAUAAUCGUGUUUGUAAUUUAAUAACAUUGACUAUAUCACAGUGCAGAUUUUUAUGUCAUUAUUAUGUCUCAUAAUUAUACUUUUUAAACUCAUUAUUUGGAUAUUUUCACAAUUGUGACUAUUUCCUCACAAUUUUAACUUUGCGUCCUAAAAGUCAUUUAUUUGGCAGUUUAUCUCAUAAUUGUGACAUUUUUCUCAGUUUCAUAUUUCUGUCAUUUAUUUUCAUUUGUUUUUAUAAAACCUCAUCGUUUCACGACGUUCAUCUCAUAACUGACUUUUGAUCUCACAGCCGUGGCUUCUUAUCACAUUUAUUUAAUCAUUUAUCUCAUAAUUCUUUGACAUUUCCUCAAUUUUACCUUUCAGUCAUAAAUGUAAAAGUUUUUAUUUUUUUGUUUCAUAAUUAAGGCUUAUCUCUUAAUUUUGGCUCGUGUAGCAUACUUUUUUUAAAUGCUAUAAUUUUGAGUGUAUCUCUAUUUUUUCACUUUUAUUCCGACUCUGUCGUCUAAAUCUCCUAAUUACGAUUCAGUGAGUUUUGUCGAGCCGGUCAGUGUUUCUCCACAGGAGUGAUGGGAGUUCACGGACUGUGGAAGCUUUUGGAAAGCACCGGGAAACCCAUCAAUCCUGAAACGCUGGAGGGGAAGAUCUUGGCUGUCGACAUCAGUAUCUGGCUGAAUCAGGCGGUCAAAGGCGUGCGGGAUCGCCAUGGGAACGCCGUGCAGAACGCCCAUCUCCUCACGCUCUUCCACCGCCUCUGUAAGCUGCUGUUCUUCCGCAUCCGACCCGUGUUCGUGUACGACGGAGACGCGCCGCUGCUCAAGAAACAGACACUGGCCCUCAGGAGACAGCGGAGGGAGGAGACGAGCCGCGAGUCCAAACAGACCCAUGAGAAGCUCCUCCGGACCUUCCUGAAGAGACAGGCCAUCAAAGCGGCUUUAGGAGAGCAGAGUCAGGAGGCGGUUCCCAGCCUGUCCUCGGUGAGACGAGACGAUCAGGACGACAUGUACGUCCUGCCUGCCCUUCCUCCCGAUGAAGGAGGAGACGAGAGCAGUUCAGAGGAGGAGCGAGACGCAGACGGAUCUCUGCAGACCUCCAGCAGGUUCCAGGAGGAGCUCUACGACAACCCAAACUCUGUAGACAUCAACUCUGAGGAGUUCUCCCUCAUGCCUCCGGAGAUCAAGCACGAAAUCCUGAAGGAGAUGAAGGAGUUCAGCAAGAGACGCCGCACCCUGCUCCACAAACCCCCCGAGAGGUCGGGCGAGUUCUCUCGGUACCAGCUGGCCGGUCUCCUGCAGAGGAACAGUCUGAACCAGCGUCUGGAGGGAGUGGAGCAGGAGAUGAACCAGAGCCGAGGGCAGCACACAGAGAUCCGCCGCCUGGCGUCCGAGGACUCCUCACACUACAUCCUCAUCAGAGGGUCCCAGAAGAAGCCGAGCGCUCCGGAGGGUCCGUCGGCUCCAGCGCUCUGGUCCAGCGCUCCGUGGGAGCGUAAAGAGAGGCCCAAAGGAAAGCCAGAGCCCUUGUGGAGGCCCGUGACCGAGGAAGAUGAGAACAAGCCUUCCUCGUCCUGUGCCGAGGAGAAGCCGUCCCCUCCUCGAACUCUCGAAGCCAUCCAGAGCGCAGUGACCGAUCCCUCAGAUGACCAGAGACGCAGAAGAUACGUCCUCAGCAGCUCCGAGGACGAGGAUGCAGACGGAGACGUUUCUCCCAGGACUCUGCUGGCCAUACAACAAGCUCUGGGAGAAGAAGAUGUGGAGCGGAAAGAGCCGAGGAGAUCCGAGGAUGAAGAUGAUCCUGGAGUCGGAGCUUCCUCUCGGUCCAGAACGCCCGUCAUUCCUGUGAGAUCAGAUACAGAAAGCCCGGACGAGACCCCCGAGCCUCCGGACGCUGCGGUAUAUCAUCCUCUGAUUCAAAACGCUUCCUCGGACCCCCAACCUGAGAAUACAGAGCGUACGAUUCAGAUGGAGGACGAGAAAGAGAAGCGUGAAGAGGAGGAGAGCAGCUCUGAAGAGAGCUUUAUUGAGGUGUCUGAGGAGGACGAACCGUCUGAAGCAGAGGAAUCUCACGCCAAAGCAGAAGAAGCAGACGAUAAAAGCAGCUCAGAAGAGGAAGAGGAGGAGAAAGCAGAGGAGGAAGAGGAGGAAGAGGAGGAGAGAGCAGAGGAAGAGGAGAGCGGAGAGGAAGAGUCCGGCGUCCAGAGUCCAGACGAGAGGGAAGACAUCAGUGAGUCAGUGACUGAAGCCGCUGCCGCGAGUGAAUGGGAUCACAUCGACACGGAGGAGCUGCUGAAGCUGGACAGAGACCUGCAGGACGAGCAGGACAGUCUGAGAGAGCAGCAGCAGAAGCAGCAGCGCAGCAGCUCCACCGUCACCGGACAGAUGUGCCACAGAAGCACUAGUGUUUCUGUUGUUCAGGAGCUGCUGCGUUUGUUCGGUGUGCCGUUCAUCGUGGCUCCGAUGGAGGCUGAGGCCCAGUGUGCGGCGCUGGACCGACUGGACCAAACACACGGCACCAUCACCGACGACAGCGACGUCUGGCUCUUCGGCGGCCGUCACGUCUACAAGAACUUCUUCAGCCAGAACAAAUACGUGGAGCUUUACCAGUGUGUGGACAUGCAGAGCCAGCUGGGUCUGGACAGGAGCAAACUCAUCAAUCUGGCGUAUCUUCUGGGCAGUGAUUACACCGAAGGCGUCCCGGGAGUGGGAUACGUCACCGGGAUGGAGAUCCUGAACGAGUUUCCCGGAGCCGGGUUGGAGCCGCUCGUCCGGCUCAGUGAGUGGUGGACUGAAGCGCAGGAGAAUCAGAAACUAGCCUCCAGCCCCAGAGACACAAAGGUGAAGAAGAAGCUGAGGAGUCUCCAGCUUCAUCCUGGUUUCCCGAACCCCGCUGUAGCUCAGGCUUACCUGCAGCCCACCGUCGACCAAUCAGACGCCUCGUUCAGCUGGGGCCGCCCACACCCGGAGCUCCUCAAAGAGUUCUGUCAGAGCCGCUUCGGGUGGAGCAGCAGGAAGACGGAGGAGACGCUGCGGCCGGUGCUCAGACAGAUCCACACACAACAGACUCAGCUGCGCAUCGACUCGUUCUUCCGUCUGGAGCAGCAGGAGCGCCAGAGCAUCCGAAGCCAGCGUCUGCGCAGAGCCGUCACCUGCCUCAAGAGGAAGGAGAGAGAGGAGGAGGAGGAAGACCAGGAAGAACCGUCUCCGUCCAAGCAGGUCAGGAGCGGGGCCCCUGGAGCCCCGGGGCCACUCACGGGAGGAUUCAUAGGGCCGGUGCCCCACCUGAGCUCGCCCGCAGACGCCUGGGAUGAGACGGGGGGCCGGGCCUCGCUGCCCACGUCAUCGAGGGCGGAGUCCAGCGGCUCCAGCUCGGAGGAGGAGGCGGGGCGUGGGCGGGGCGUCGCUAUGGUUACGGCACGCUCCGUGUUCGAGGGCAAAACGAGAGCAAGAGGGAAACGAGGAGGAAGAGGAAGAAGCAGAAACAGAUGAACACAAGAAACCACAGGUUCAUAAACCACAGGAUGAUGCGUGAUCAUUUGAGAAAAGACAUGAAAUCAUGAAAAAUAAAGAAUGACGUCUCAGCCGACGACGACUACCGCUUUUUACUGAUGUUUUUUUACAAUCUUUAGAUGAACUUGCAAAAAAAAAAAAAUUCUUCAAAUAAAGAGUAAUAAAAGUCUGAUAAACUCA